AUGGCCGGUAGAGCAGGAGCAGCAUCAGCGCACAAGGCGGACGAGUUGGUUCCCCACCCCGUGAAGGAUCAGUUCCCGAACGUCUCCUACUGCAUAACCAGCCCGCCCCCAUGGCGUGAGUCGCGUCUUCGUCUCCUUCUGACCGACCCUCCAUCUCUCUCUCUCUCCUCCUCACCUUUUUCUCUCUCCUCUUUUAGUCAGAUAUCCAGAUCCAACAUAUUUCAUCGGGCUUAAGAAUUAUAACGAACUCCUUAUUUUCAACGCAGCGGAAACGAUUCUUCUCGGCUUCCAGCACUACCUGGUCAUGCUGGGCACCACUGUCAUCAUCCCCUCUGCCCUCGUUCCUCAGAUGGGAGGAGGAAACGUAAGAACGAAUAUGACAGAAGAGGAAACACUGAUCAUCUUCUUCUUCUCUCAUGGGUAUGCCCUCAAAUCCUCAAUUCUCUCUCUAGUGUGCUGAAUCAUCCUCUUCUUCUACCAGGAUGAGAAGGGGAGGGUGAUCCAGACGGCCCUGUUCGUCUCCGGGGUGAACACUCUGCUUCAGACCUUCUUUGGAACCCGCCUCCCGUCUGUGAUGAGCAGCUCCUACGCCUUUGUUGUGCCAACAAUCUCCAUAAUCUUAGCAGACAGAUACAGCGAAAUUGCGGAUCCUCAUGAGGUACAUCAGACUACUGAAUUGGAUAAAAUUUAUUGAACCGUGGUGUUAUAUUAGUCACCAUGAUUGAAUAUUUUAAUAUGGUGUCAGGCUUGUUGUUUGAUCUUGGGCUUGGAUAGCCCGAAAUUAGGAACAAACAAAUAAAUAAAUAACUAAAUUUUAUGUGAUUAUAUAGUUUGCAACAUGCCAUUUAUAGUCAAUUUGUCCAUCUUCGGCUAGAGUAGUCCUAGAAAACAUGAAGAAAUUUUGCGAGAACAUAUUAUAUGAAACUGUGCCAUUCUUUGUGAAUUGCUUAAUCCAGGGUUAGACAAAAAUUAAAUAAACUUUCACAUGACUAUAUAGAUGGAGUCUCUCUGCUCAUUACCAGCUGGUCAAUCUUAAGCUAGAUCAGUCCCAAGUUAGAAAUUUUGAGCAGAUUUUUUGCAUGAUCAUCUAGAUGGAAUGACGCCAUUCGUUCUCUCUUAGUUGAUCUUGGGGCUGAAUUGUUUCAAACUAGAAAAAUAAAAAUAAAAAUAAAAAUUUAUGCGAUAAACGACAUUGUCCAUGGCCAAUUGGUUGAUCUUGGGUUUGAAUGGGCCCAAACUAGAAAAUAAAUAAAUAAAUAAAUAAAUAAAUUUCAAUAUCAUAUAAAUGAAACCACGCCAACCAUUGUCAAUUGGUUGACCUUUGCCUUAUUCUAGUCCCAAGCAAGAGAAAAGGGAAGAAGUUUACAUUAUCAGAUACAUGACAGAGUGCCAUUAAUUAUCAGUCAGCUUUGAGUUCCAUGAUGGUCGGGAUUCAUCAAACCCAGUUCUACAGAAUUCUUUUUUUCUUCUGUCAGAGAUUCAAGCGCAUAAUCCGGGGGACGCAGGGCGCACUGAUUGUGGCUUCCACUGUUCAGAUCAUCCUUGGCUUCAGUGGGCUUUGGCGUAAGGUCACAAGGUCCGGACUUGUCACUCUGAUGAACACCCAAGUCUCUGUAAUUCUUUGGGUUUCUCAGGUUUUCUCCUACAUUUGCUUGAUGUCGACCAGGUUCCUGAGCCCCCUUGCAGCUGUUCCCCUUGUUACCCUGGUGGGCAUGGGGUUCUAUGAGUUGGGAUUUCCCGGGGUAAGCUUCAGCCGGAAAAAUUGUCCUACCUGCCCUCCGAAAAUCUUGAUUAUUGCAAUUUUUUCCUGGUUUUGUAGUCAGUAAUUCCCUGCUGUUGACUUCUGAUUUCUUUGCUCAUUUCCUAGGUUGGCAAAUGCGUCGAAAUUGGGCUCCCUCAGCUCAUACUUCUCGUCGUUUUCUCCCAGGUACUGAGUUAUGAUUUUACCAUUUUGUUCUCUGCAGGUUUAGGGUAGUAGCAUGCGUGUGGUCAAUGCUACGACCUUUUUGUCUCCGAGGGGGUUAUUACAAACUGCUUGAUUUUCCCCGGUUUUAUUGCAAUCGCAGUAUCUACCCGUGUUUUUAGGAUACUUCAGUUCAUCUUCCGUAUUUUAGGGUAUCUUGCGAAUUCAUUGAUUUUUCUGGGUUUUUUUCUUUUUUUGGAAAUGCAGUAUCUACCCCACGUGUUACCUGGGCAGGUCUUCAAUCGGUUUGCUGUUCUGAUCUCGGUCGCAAUCGUGUGGCUGUAUGCCUACUUGUUGACCGUCAGUGGGGCCUACAAGUAUUCCCCUUUGAAGACUCAGUCACACUGCCGCACGGAUCGAUCAGGCCUCGUCGGCGGGGCUCCAUGGUGAGGAGGCCAGCCUUCUCUCACAACUUCCAUAUGCUCACCUGUUUAUUCUGUGGGUCCCACAUCCACAUAAAAUCGGGCCCACUCCAUCCAACUCCAUGUUGACUUCUUGGGUCAGGUCGGGUGGGCCCAUGUUGUUCUUAAAGAUUUGCUCACUCAUCAGCUGCUUUGGGAAGAGAUUUGACUGUGCCCAUGAUGUUUCAUGAUGCCAUCGGUGGGGUGGUGGCCGCCAAUUAUGCCUGAUAUUCUGCGCGUUGACUGGCUUCACAGGAUUAGGUUUCCAUAUCCGUUUCAAUGGGGAACGCCGACCUUCAAUGCGGGAGAAGCUUUCGCCAUGGUAGCCUCAGCCUUUGUGGCUCUGGUUGAGGUUCGACUCUUCUUCAUCGCCCAGCUGUUGUUGUUCUAUCUAUUGCUAUAUUCGGGAGCAGCCUGACUGGGUCCCACUCCGCUCUUUAUUGCCCGCAGUCAACUGGGACCUACAUUGCCAUCUCGAGGUAUGCGAGCGCGACCCCAUUGCCGCCGUCUGUUCUCAGCCGCGGGAUCGGGUGGCAGGUUGGUGGGAUAUGCUGGCCGCUCUUCUCUCCACACUUGUUAUUCAUCAUGGUUGGGGUGAUCCCGAUCUUGAUACAAGAAGUUGACUUUCUACAGGGCGUUGCUGUCUUAUUGGACGGGCUGUUUGGAACAGCAAAUGGCUCCUCGGUUUCUGUGUAAGCUUCCACUUACAGCAAGGCCCCCCCCUCUCUCUCUCUCUCUCUAAAAAUGUUGGGUUCUUUGGUAGUGAGAAUGCAGGGUUGCUCGGCUUAACACAUGUCGGGAGCAGGAGGGUUGUGCAGGUGUCUGCCGGAUUCAUGAUCUUCUUCUCCAUCCUCGGUGAGUUCUCCCUGCAGAUCCAGAAGUGUGGGAUGUAAAAGUUGUCUUUUUUAUGGAAAGGGAAAUAUUUCUUGCUGACCUGGGUCCCCUUUUUGUCCGAAUCAGGAAAGUUUGGGGCGGUGUUCGCAUCAAUUCCUGCGCCGAUGGUCGCCGCUCUCUACUGCCUGCUCUUUGCCUACGCCGGUAAGUGAACAGAGAAAUCAUCAGAGAUCACCCACCAAUCAGAUGAAGAGGGAGGGGUUCUUAUGCGUCCGUUUCUCUGUUGAACAGGUGCGGCGGGCCUGGGCCUCCUUCAGUUCUGCAAUCUGAACAGCUUCCGGACGAAGUUCAUACUGGGCUUCUCCAUCUUCCUGGGCCUGUCGGUCCCUCAGUACUUCAACGAGUACACGGCGGUGGCCGGCUACGGCCCGGUCCACACUCGCGCCAGAUGGGUACGCAGAGAUUUCCAUAUAUGAUAUGAUUCUCCAUCUGGGUUUUCUUGGUUUUAGCUGAAUUCAGAUGCCCGCGUUGAAUCUGGGUUGUGGGUUGCAGUUCAAUGACAUGGUCAACGUGGUGUUCUCCUCGGAGGCGGUGGUGGCGGCGCUGGUGGCCUUCCUCCUCGACAACACCCUGCAGGUGCAUGAUCCGGCGGUGAGGAGGGACCGGGGGCUGUACUGGUGGGACAAGUUCAGGACCUUCAAGGGGGAUACCCGGACCGAGGAGUUCUACUCCCUGCCUUUUAAGCUCAACAAGUUCUUCCCCGCAGCAUAA